AUCCGGCUGACUUUGCCCUUCCAAUAAACCAGCAAAACCAUGCCAGGCCGCAUUAUAAGAUGGAAGGUCAAAGACCCUUUUGACCCAAACCGUGCUCUCAUCCGCAUGUCAUGGAACAAAUAUAACCUAUAUGCCUUGGCGACUCGCAAUGCACCAGAGGACCUGACUCGGAAAUCAGUCUUUCAACAGAAAUGGACGGCGAAACGGGAACUCCGUGCUUAUCAUGUUCCAAACAUUACGGAAAGACAGCUAAUUCAACGGCAUUGGUCUGCCCGGUUACCCUUGCAACAAAUGACACAGGCAGAAAAAGAUCGGCUUCCACCUGUGCAGGCGCUAGCUUUUGCGGAGACUGAACGGAGAUUAGAUGUGGUUGUGUUUAGAAGUCAUUUUGCAAGCAGCAUUUGGCAGGCAAGGAGUUUUGUCAUUCAAGGACAUGUUAAGGUCAACGGAAAGCCGUGUGCAUACCCUGCCCGUAGUCUUGAAGAUGGCGAUAUGGUAACUGUAGACUACAAUGUCGUACCUACCAUCGGCAAGGACGACUCUGGCAAACCAAUCUUCAAGCGCGUCGACUAUAUGGCACCCUGGAUGUUCCUGCCCGCGUAUCUCGAAGUGGACUACCAAACGUGUUCUACAGUUUUCCUGCGAACUCCACUUCCCCAACCAGACCAAGUAGAGGUUCCUUCUCCUUUUCCGCCGGACUGGCAUCAACUCGUGUAUGAAUGGUACUCUUCGAUUUACAAGAAGAAACUCUCGGUCAAGACCAAUCCAAAUUUGCAGCCGCCAGUUGUGAUCGAAGGUCAGACGAUCAAGUUGAAGCCAAAGUUUGCGGAAAUACGGAGACGAGACGACAAGGAAGCAGCUUCGCUGCGCAAGAAGCGUAGAAACGAAAGGGAGGAGGCUGCAAGAGCAACAAGGGAAGCGAAAAAGGAAACAACGAGACCUGGAGGGGAGCCAUCGGCCGCUGGUGAGCCUGCGAAGAAUGAAAAAUACUAGAUUAAAGUGCAGGGGACGGGAAAAUAUGGGACUUGCACAAAAUCAAUGAUCGUUGUAGGUAAUCUAGAGUGAGUGGGGAGUUGUAAUUUAGUGAUUCUUUUCUUGUAUUUAUCACAUCAAUUAAGCACAAUGACGGCAACACCGUCCAAGUCAUCUUACAUGGCCCAGCCCUCUAACAAAAGUAAAUACAUGC